GGGGCGGUUUAUCCAACAAUAAGAAUAUAUCUUUAGAAACCUUUGACGAUAAGACACAAGCAGUAGCCAACAACCGUACGGGCGGCGAUGCGCAAUUAGUUACUAUACCGUUUUCACUUCAUUGCAACAAUGUAUAUCAAAAUAGCGAUUCGACGUACGUAAAUGCAGAAAAUACCAGCAAAGGUUUCAGCUCACUUCCACGCCAUUUUAAAAAUACUCGCGAUACUUCUGUAGAACGAACAUUAAGAGAUGUAACGCCCGGCAUUGUUGAGAAAAUUUAUUUAAAUACGUCUGUAUUGCCUGAUUUAAAGGAAAAUACCCUAGACAUCUUACAUCCACCAUCGCGAAAAGUGCCCGAACAUUUAAUACUACUUAACUCACCUUUAUUGGAAUCUUUCACACUUAGUGUUCAACCAUCCCCUUCGCCGAGCACCUCAUCUGGUCCUUAUAUUCCCAUAAGCGAAUGCUUCACAGGAGCGCCUAAAUACUAUGAAAAUCCUACCACGCCAUUGAAUAAUUUGGAUCCAAAAUUCUACGAUACACCUCGAAGUCACAAUAAUAUUGGCUUAAAUUUAACCAACGAUAAGUCGUAUUCACCAAAAAUUACAAACUGUAGACAGGAACAAAUGACAGCCAUCAAAAAUUCUACAACAGUCAAUAAUCAUUCAGAUUCGGAUUCUGAAAGCGUAUUCACGGAUGAUGAUGAUUGGACGUACCCUAUGCCCCUCCGUGAGAAUGUUG